GCGCAUGCGUGCAGUUAAGGCCAAGUCGUUCAUCUCCAGCUGUAGACGAUCUUUAAUUGAGAGAAAUGGCGUCGGAUAACGGACUGGCCUCUCUGGGCCCGGAUGGAGCUUCAGCAGCUGCACAUGCUCUGUCUCUUCCUGCAGAUGCUUAUGGAAAUGAUCCCCGGCUUGAGGUGAUGUGGGCGAUGAAGGCCUACAACCACGCAGAGGUUUACUUCAAUCUCAUCUCAUCUGUCGACCCAAAGUUCCUGAAGUUGACCAAACUGGACGAUAAAAUCUACUCGUCGUUCAGAGAAACGUUCAAAGAUCUCGACAUAAAGCUGCUGAAAGCAGACGACCUGAAAUCUGACAAGGCCAAAGAGACGUGGCGUCCAUUUUGUAACGAGUUCGAAGGUCUCGUGGAAGAUUUUAACUACGGCACUCUGCUGCGUCUGGACUGUGAGAAGGACUACACAGAGGAGAACACCAUAUUUGCCACCAGAGUUCAGUUCUUUGCAGUUGAAAUUGCUCGAAACAGAGAAGGCUACAACAACACAGUGUUCAUGUCCAAAAGCUCGAAGAGUUAGCUGCCAAACACGCCGGUACUGAUCCGGUACUGAUCCAGUACAGAACCAGUAAUGACCCCAUCCAACCAGGACGUCCCUGCAGCAGUCGGUGACGAGGACGCAGCUUUGUAUUUCUGAAAACAUGUUUUUUGUUUUCUUCAGUUUGUUCGACGGCGUCACUUCAACACAUUUUGUAUUUACUGUAAAGUUUUAUUGUGCCGAUCAUAAAGGUUGUUUGUUUUGUAAGAACGGCCGGUUUCAUUUGUUCGCCUGUAACCGAGGAGACGAUAAAUAAAAAGUUCAACACA